AUCGAGUAUGAAAAGUCCGAGGCAGUCAUCUGUCACACCGCGUCGCCGAAACUUAACCUCAAAAACAUUUCACAAAUUACAAACAACUUUCGCAAGUUUUAAGAAAUACUUCUCGUUCCGAAAUGGGAGAAAAAUUGUCAGCAGUCGAAGCGGAGCUCUACGAUCGACAGAUCCGACUCUGGGGCAUCGAAUCUCAAGAAAAGUUGAGAGCCGCCGACGUACUUCUGAUCGGGGUGCGAGCAUUAGGGGCCGAAAUUGCAAAGAACAUCCUGCUAUCCGGAAUAAACUCUCUGACAAUCCUUGACGAUAGAACCGUCACCGAAGAGGAACAGCCUAGAAACUUCCUAUUGAGCAAAACCAGCGUCGGAAAAAAGAUCGCUGAAGAAGUUUUGUUGAAAGCGCAAAUGUUGAACCCGCUCGUGAAGAUUUCAGCAGACACGGACUGCCCGCCAUCCAAAGAUGUAAGCUACUUCAAGAAGUUCACCAUUAUCGUCGCGACGGGGAUUAAGCCAGAUUUGCUACUGAAAAUUGAUAAAAUCUGCAGGAGUGAAAAGAUAAAGCUGAUUUUCGGAGAUGCUUUUGGAAUGUUCGGAUACUCAGUGUCUGACUUUGGAAAACACACUUAUUAUGAGGAUCAAAUCAAAUUGAUAGGCAAGAAGAGAAAACAUGAUGGUAGCGACAAGACCAGCGUGAAAGUCAAGGGUGAAAUCAACUAUCCCGAAUUGAACAAAGUCAUAAUCCUGCCGAACACCAAACAAAGUGCAGACUCUAUCAAAAAAUCUAAAAGAAGAAAUGAACUGUUCUAUGCAAUGCUAGCUUUGAUGGAAUUCAAGAACAAGCACGGCAGAAUCCCUAACAUUGAAACCAAGAAAGACGAUAUAGAAUCUCUGGAAGAAAUAAAAAAGGAAAUUUUUGAACUCUACCAAGUCGAUGACUCCAAAUCAAAGAUAACAAAGGAGAUAUUUGAAGUCAUCUUUGGUGAAGUCAUACCAGUUUGUGCCGCCUUAGGAGGAGUCAUUGCUCAGGAAGUAAUAAAAGCUGUGUCUAAUAAGGAAGUCCCAAUCAAUAACGUCUUCUUAUUUGAUCCCAUAACUUAUGAUGGCAAGGAAGAAACUGUCGGUGUUUAAUAUUAAAAUGAUCACUGUUAUAAAACUGAAUUGCUUUUUUGAUAUUUGAAUAAACAUAGUUGCAGUCCAGUAGUUUUUUAAUGAUUUUCUGU